UUGUUUACAUUUUUAGAACAUUUUCUUCGCAAUCCGAAGAAUUCGAAACUUACUGUGAUGAAAGGUCUGAGAAUGUAGUCAGGUCUUUAAUAUAUAAAAUAUGUAUAUCAGAUAGUUGCAUAAUUAAAACUGACUUAUGCAUAUAUUUGUUCUUAUUUUCUGGUGUUAAUUCAUAUACAUUAUUUUUCUGUAAAUCAUGAGGAAUUUUUCUUCACCCAAAGUAUAUAAACAUGCUCUAAACAGAUAUAAGGAUAUUUUGCGAGAAAAUAUUGGUUUGAAAUGCAUUACGAAAUCUAAAAGUUCCUGGCCAGGCGUUAAGGUGAAUGAAUUUUGUACCUUAGAAAUUCCUCAACAAUCUCAAGUUGUGAUAUGUGGUGGUGGAGUUGUUGGAUGUUCUGUUGCUUAUCACUUGGUUCGCGAUUUUGGUUGGAAAGAUGUAGUUUUACUUGAGCAAAGUUGGCUUGGAGGAGGAACAUCAAAAUUUGGAGCUGGUCUCUUGGGGCAAAUAAAACCUACAGCAAUUGAGACAAAAAUGUGCCAGUAUAGCAUAGAAUUAUAUAAAUCAUUAGCUCAGGAAGGACUACGCACAGGUUUUAAAGAAUGUGGUAGCCUUUCCCUUGCAAGGACACCUGAUCGCAUGACAUAUUUUCGUCAUAUUGCUGCAUCUGCUAUUGCCAGAAAUGUUGACUGCUAUCUUUUAAGUCCUGAUGCUGCAAAAGAACGGUGCCCAAUUAUUAGCACUGAAAUGUUGAAGGGCGCUUUGUGGAUACCAGGUGAUGGUGUUGGGGAUCCACUGGAUACUACAUUGACUCUUGCAUCUGAAGCUGCUCGCCUUGGAGUUACAAUUGUGGAAGACUGUUCUGUGCAAAAAAUAAUUACUGAUGACAAGCAUCAAGUCAAGGCUGUUGGAACUAAUAAAGGGUUGAUAAAUUGUGAAUAUUUUGUAAACAGUGCAGGACAUUGGGCAAAUCAUAUUGGUCAGAUGAGUCAUCCUAGAGUCAAAGUGCCUUUGUAUCCUUGCGAACAUCAUUAUCUUCAAACUAUGCCUGUAGAAGAUAUUGAUCCAAUGAUGCCUGUUAUUCGAGAUUACGAUGGAUAUUUUUAUAUACGAGAAAAAAAUGGUGGCUAUUUUGCCGGUGGUUUUGAACCUACUUCUAAACCUUUUGAUUUGAAAGAAAUGGAAACAUUAAAGACUUUCAAACCUCUCCCAGAAGAUUGGGAUCAGUUUCACACAUUAUUAGAACAAAUGUUGUUCAGGAUACCUUCCCUGGGCAAAGUUGAAGUUCAUUCUUUGAGCAAUGGUCCUGAAAGUUUUAGUCCUGACUGUAAAUUACUUCUAGGAGAAGCACCUGAGGUGAGAAAUUAUUUUGUAGCCACUGGUAUGAAAGCCACAGGCAUGGAAGCUGCUGGUGGUGUUGGCAAGAUCACAGCAGACUGGAUUGUGAAUGGAGAGCCAAAAAUGAAUCUGUGGGAUGUGGAUAUUAGAAGAUUUCUAGGGCUCCAUAAUAAUCGCCUGUUUCUAAGAGACAGAAUGGUAGAAGUACCUGGUUUGCAUUACAAGGUAAAGUAUCCUAAUUUUGAAUUUUCCACUGGUCGAAAUAUUCGUAUGUCUCCCAUUUAUCCUCGCCUAAAAGCUGCUGGAGCUGUCUUCAGCCAAUCAAUGGGAUAUGAAAGACCCUGUUACUUCCGAACAAAUAUGGAAGCUACUGAGCUUACUGAAAAUGGAGUAGAACUUGACCCUCCAACAUUCUACAAACCAGACUGGUUUGAUGAUUUAGAGUCAGAAUACAUGGCAUGUCGUAGGAAAGUAGCUCUUUUGGAUUAUUCAUCUUUUACAAAACUGGAAGUUUGGUCACCAGGUCGAGAAGCUUUGGAUUUAUUGCAAUAUCUUUGUUCAAACAAUGUUGAUAUUCCAAAAAAUCAAAUGGUGCAUACUGGGAUGCAAAACCGGUAUGGUGGCUAUGAAAAUGAUUGCAGUGUUGCCAGAUUAGAUUAUAAUAGAUUCAUGGUUAUCUCUCCAACCAUUCAACAAACCCGCUGCUUGAGUUGGUUGAAAAGGAAUCUGCCACCUGAUAGUCCAGUUUUAGUCACGGAUAUCACAUCUUUGUAUACAGCAAUAUGCUUGAUGGGACCUUUGGCACAAAGUGUUUUAUCUGACCUUACAGACAGCUCUGUUUCUUAUAAAGAAUUUCCAUUUUUCACUUUCAAAGAACUGAAUAUUGGAGUUGCAAAUAAUAUUAAAACAUUUCAUCAAACUCAUACUGGAGAAUUGGGCUAUGUCAUGUAUAUUCCAAAUGAAUAUGCUCUUCAUGUUUAUGAUGAAUUAAUGGCACAAGGACAGAAAUAUGGUAUUCAGCAUGCUGGAUAUUAUGCACCAAAAGCCAUCAGAGUUGAAAAGUUCUUUGCCUUCUGGGGCCAAGAUCUAGAUACCACAACUACACCAUUUGAAUGUGGCAGAGUGUAUCGAGUCAACUUCGGGAAGGGUGAUUUCAUGGGAAAAGAUGCUCUCUUGCGUCAGAAACAAGAAGGUAUUAAGAGACGCUAUGUCCAGUUGGUCUUGGAAGACCAUGACAGAGAUGUGGACAUCUGGCCUUGGGGUUCUGAACCUAUCUAUGUCAAUGGAAAGUGUGUUGGUCUUACUACAACUUGUGGAUAUGGAUUCACUUUGAAAAAAAUGGUUUGUGUGGGAUUUGUUCAGAAUUUAGAUGAAAAUGGGGUACCACAAGUCGUCACUAAUGACUUUCUUCUAAAAGGUGAUUUUGAAGUAGAUAUUUGUGGCACGAAGUUUCCUGCCAAAGUCAAUAUUCAUUCUCCUAACUUAUCAUCUGGUUUUGAAUAUGUGAUCGAUUCAAAUGGAUAUAUCGCAACUCAAUUCAGUACAUAAUUUCUUUGCUGUAUAAACUUGUACAAAUUGUAGAAUUGUUAUUAUGAUUUAAAUGAUUUUAUUUGUAUGUGUUGUAAUAUAUUUAUGUACAUAGCAAAAUUAAAUAAAUAUAUGGUCUGUUUUUAUGA